UGCAUGUUUUUCGAACUUGGACAAGCGUCGAUAAUCGCUUGUAAAAGUGUACGAUGUGUCAGUUUACUUUUACGUCUUUUUCUUAAAACAAUAAAACACUGAAAAAGAUUUUGCACACAAAACUUGUUUGGUGUAAAGUUGGUUGUUUUUGACAAUUUUGACAAGUAAUCAAAUGUGCAAUGUAGUAUCUAGUAACAGACACCGAAGAAGAGGAAAAAGAAGUCACUUCAUAACAUUUCACCGUGUUUUGUGAACAGAAGCCUACAAAAAAUGUUGAAGCGUAACUUUUUAAAGACAUCGUGGUGCAGAUUACGAACACGGUAUGUGCACAAAAACGUUUCUCCUCCUGAGCGAGAAUUCAAAAUUAAGGAUUGCGAAAUCGCGAAAAUACGCAACAUUGGUAUACUGGCCCAUAUUGACGCUGGAAAAACCACAACAACCGAACGAAUGUUGUUCUACUCGGGUCUCAUCAAAGAUAUGGGAGAGGUGCAUCACGGGAACACCGUGACCGAUUACAUGGAGCAGGAACGUCAACGCGGAAUAACAAUCACCUCAGCCGCUGUUUCGUUUAACUGGAAAGACUAUCGGUUUAACUUGAUCGACACUCCCGGUCAUAUCGACUUCACUAUGGGAGUCGAACAAACUCUGCAGAUAUUAGACGGCGCGAUUGUGAUCUUGGACGGUUCCGCUGGCGUGGAAGCUCAAACAAUAACGGUUUCCAGACAAGCGGACAGAUACGAUAUACCGCGGAUUAUUUACGUUAAUAAAAUGGACAGAGCCGACGCGGAUUUUGACAUGAGUUUAAGGUCUAUUGAAUCUAAAUUAAACGUAGAGACGUUACCUAUACACAUCCCCGUGAAAGAAGCGGGAGUUCUAGAAGGUAUUGUGGAUCUGAUAACUAUGGAAAAGUUAAUGUUUGACAAAAAGUGUCAGGGCAUGAAUUUGAUCAAGACGAAACUGACUGAAAAGGACGACGGAAAGCUGUGGAACAUCGCUUCUGAGAAACGGUUGAUAUUGACAGACAAGUUGUCAAGCUUGGACGAUCAAUUGGCUGAUGUUAUCAUAGAACAAGAGUCUCUGGAGAACGUGCAACCGCAGAUGUUGGUCGAUUCUCUGCGUAGAGUCACUUUGAGCAGAAAAGGCGUGCCCGUAACAUUGGGAAGUUCCUACAAGAAUACAGGGGUUCAACCUCUGAUGGACAGCGUCGUUCUCUAUCUGCCAUCACCGGCGAACGUGAGCAACUCGAAACCUUAUCGUUGCUUCGAGAACAAUCUGUCGGCUAGAGUGUUCAAAAUCGUUCACGAUAGUCUACGGGGUCCGAUAACGUUCUUCCGGAUCUACUCUGGCAGCAUGAAGAAAAGCCAGAAGCUGUACAACGUGACGCGCGAGCAGAGCGAACAGUGCACGCGCCUUUACAUUGCAUGCGCCGAUGACUACGAGGAGGUGGCCGAAGUGAGUCGUGGCAAUAUCGCGGCCGUAGCUGGACUCAAAGGUACCGUUACAGGCGACCUAGUGACGAGCAACAUGUCUGCUGCCAAUCGCGCCAAACAAAUCAUGUCGAAAGCAAACCCGGACCAGCCAGAUUACGUGAGGAACUUCUUCGCGUCCGGAGUCAACCUGCCCGAUCCGGUGUUCUUCUGUUCCAUUGAACCGCCGUCUCUGUCAACUCAAUCCGCUCUCGAGACCGCGCUACAAGAGUUGCAGAGAGAGGAUCCCAGUUUGCGCGUGAAAAUCGAAUCAGAUACGGAUCAGAUUGUUCUCUCGGGGAUGGGCGAGCUGCAUAUAGACAUUAUCAAGGAGAGGAUCAGAAGUGAGUACAAGAUCGAUGUGGACCUGGGCCCUUUGCAGAUCGCCUAUAAGGAAACAGUCCAAGAUCCAAUCAAAGAUACGCUGGUCCUGGAACACAAAGUCGGUCAGACAAAACAUCACGUUAGCAUAACUAUGUCCUUGAUUCCCAACUACGAGGAAAAAGAGAAAUUGCUCUUGGACAGAUCCACUCCCGACAACGCAUCGAACAUUGACGCCAUUCAUCCGCGAAUAAUGAACGCCAUCAAGAACGGCGUGAACGCCGCGUUGUUGCACGGGGUAAGGUUGAGCUGCCCGGUGGUCAACGUCGGUGUUAAACUGCACUGGUUGGAGGUGACGCGUGGCACUUCGGACACCAUCGUCUCUGCUGCCACCUCGCAGUGCAUUCGAAAGUUACUCCAAAACGGAAACAGCAUAUUACUAGAACCCAUUAUGCGAUUGGAGAUCGUAGCACCAGAGGAAUAUUCCUCAAAUAUCAAUAAUGAUCUCAAUCGUAGACGAGCGGAAAUGCAAGAGAUUGCCAUGCGUGGCAACAAUAAGAUAAUGAGAUAUCUAGCGCCGUUGUCAGAAUUAUUGGGAUAUUCGACAACGCUGCGCAUCGUCACGUCGGGAAACGCGACAUUUUCGUUGGAGUUCAACCACUAUCAACAAAUGAGCGCCAUUGACGAGGAGGAGGCGAUCGAAAAGGCCAGAGGAUUCUGAAUCUUGGAUAACGAAGAACAACAAAAGUAACGAAUUUUCUAAAGAAGAGAAUUUCAAUUUUAAUUAAUUUUAUUUUUUCAAUCUAAUCAAAAUAUAUUGCAACAUUUAUCAUUGGUGCGUUACAAUCUCCAUAUAUUUUCGACAGCGACCACUAAGCACAACACGAAAAAACAAUCAAAUCGGAGAAUUUCUCUCGACUAAAAAAGAACUCACCGUGUGUCUCGUGAUUUUCGUGCGUCCUAGUUUAACAGUCGCGUACAAAUAUAUUAAUAUUGCUUAAGAUCAUGCAAAAUGUCAUACAUAGUAAAAUACAUGUAUGUUGUGUAUAUAUUAUAAUCGUAUGGAGGGAUUAAAUGUUAUAAUAAUGUCGCGUGAAAAACUGGAAAAAAAAAAAAAACAACAGUCGCAUGUAUAAAAACGAUUUUUUGUCGCAGGUAGUGAACGAGGAUCUUCAGUUUUUGUACGUACACGAAUGUACGCAAAACAAAAAAGAAUGAAUACAUUGGAGAUCUGUAAAAUU